GCGCGCGCCAGCGACAAGCCACGAGCAAGGAACUAGGAAGGAAAAGGAAGGGCAAACGAUGAAGGUACUCCUGUUGCUGAGUCUUCUGGUGGCUGCGUGUGCAGCAACACCUCUGGACGAUUACGUCAACGCCCCGGAUCCGACGUACGAGUAUCGAGACCUUGGCGACCCUUGGGACGGAGACGGCUACACCUCCUACUUCAUAAACCUCACUUCCCAGCUCUGGCUCUCACCUGGAGAAGUGAGCCGUGCCAUAUGGUGGCACUAUCUGGUCAUCAACAUCCCAGACGAGAUCGAAUUUGGGGACACUGGAUUUCUCUACAUCACCGGUGGGAGCAACACUAAUGGUCGUCCAGACAUCACAAGUGAAGACUGUCUUCUGACAACACUUAUGGCAGUCGGGACUAACACUGUGACGGCCACACUCUUCCAGGUCCCAAAUCAGCCCAUUGUUUUUGCCGAAGAUCCAACUAAGAAGAGUAGAUCUGAAGAUGCUAUAAUUGCCUACACCUGCUACCAUUACGUCUUGAACACCAGUGAUCCCGAGUACUUGCUGAGACUCCCCAUGACCAAG